UUUCCAGUACAAGGAAAAAAAAAAUCAUCAUGCAGAAAAUCGUAUUGUGCACCCUUGCCCUCGUCGCCGUCGCCCUAGCCGCCCCGCAACAACAGGACCAGCAAGUGUACAUUGUCAAACACGACUCUAAUGUCAACCCUGAAGGGUACCAAUUUGCGUACGAGACAAGUGACGGCACAUCCCGUCAGGAGCAAGGAACGCUCAAGCAGGUCAGCGAAGACCACCGCGCCAUUGAAGUAUCGGGCAGCUACCGUUACGUAGCGCCCGACGGCCUCGUUUACACCGUCACCUACACCGCCGACGAGAACGGUUUCAAGCCGCAAGAACAUGUUGAACAUCAACAGUAAAGUGAAACUUAUACAACUCGUGCAAAUUAGCGAAAUACCUCGCUAGUAUGCAAUCACCUUCACGCGAGAUUACUGUUUAAUUCGCACGGAUUAUAAUCCUUCCCUCCACGAAAUGGAACUUGUAAAAUUCGUGCGAAUUAAAUAGAGACCUCGCUAGCAUGCAAUGUUAUGAUGUGAUAUUACUAGUUAAUUCCCAAGGACUAUAACUGCUUAUGUUCUCAAAGUAGCGAAAGUGAAAUUUUCAACGUUGGUUUGAGUCUAUAAUAUAAACAUCAUGCAUGUAAUACGGUCACGAGUACUAAUAUUGAAACCAUGUCACAUUAACUUUUUUUGACAAAUUAAACCGUAAGUCUCAUUAAAUGUCAAAUAUGAUUGUGCGACAGGGUUCUAAAGUGGGUACAUGAUAUUGCUCAUGACUGUACAUAGGGGUGUGGCAGGUUAAGCCACUAGUCAUCAGUAAAAAAACCCGCCAUCACUCCUGA